UCUGUGACGAAGGGUUCAUACUGAGCGACAGCGAGUGUGUGCUGCUGGCUGAAUGUGGCUGCGUUCACCAAGGCCAGUACUACCAGAUGGGCCAGGUGUUCUUCCCCAACGGCCAGUGCAAAGAGCGCUGUGUGUGUAACAAGGAUGGAGACGUGGAGUGUAAUGUAAAGUUUGCCUGCGGUCCCAGUGAGAAGUGCCAGGUCCAAGACGGGGUGCAGGCCUGUGUUCCCAUGAGCGCAGGCACCUGCCAUGUGAGCGGGGCCAGGAGAUUCCACUCGUUCGAUGGCAGCUGCUUCGGCCUACACGGGGACUGUGUGUACAAAAUGUCAGAGGUUGUGGAGAAAGACGGAUCGAUGGCUCCAUUUGUUGUAUCAGUGCAGCAGUUGACCAAGAUGGAUGAUGCAAUGGUCACCAGGAGGGUUGACAUACAGGCCUACAAAUACAAGAUAUCUAUGUCUCCCAGAGUUAUAUGGGAAAUAAUGGUGGAUGAAGUUGCAGCAAAUCUCCCACUGUCACUCGGAGAUGGAAAGGUCAGGGCCUACCAGAACGGCAUUAACAUCGUCAGUGGGUAA